AUGUCAAAAGCGAAGACCAAGAUCAUUCCUGGAACUUGGGUCUUUCGUGUCAAGAGAAAUCCAAGCGGAGAAAUGACCAAAUUCAAGGCAAGAUACUGUGUGAGAGGAGACCUGGAAGACAUGGAUUCUUCGUUCAUACUCUGGGUAAGUUCGACUGAACCAUCUUUGUUUGUCGAUGCCGACUUCUGUGGACUCUAUAAUACAGAGCCUCACACUGAUCCAAACUCCGUUCGAUCACGCACCGGGUUUAUUGUAAAGUUGAGCAAUUGCCCACUGGUUUGGCGCUCCCAGCUACAAACAUCCAUCACUUGCUCCACGCUCGAGGCCGAAUACAAUGCUCUCUCUUCUGCUCUAAAGACCUUAAUUCCAUUGAAGCGUCUUCUCAUUGAAGCCACCGACCACGUUGAACUUGACAACGGCAUCCGCGCCACCAUUCGGGCCUCAGCAUUUGAAGACAACCAAGGAGCAUAUUUUCUGGCCACCAAUCAAAGAAUCACAUCUCGCACCCGCUGGUAUCUCAACAAGUGGCACUGGUUCUGGCAACACGUCACCAAAGACGGUGUUGGCCCAGAAACUGUUGCCAUCCACGAGCUGGACACAUCGCUCCAAGAUGCUGAUUACUUCACAAAGGCACAGUCUUGUGAACCUUUCAAGAGCAAUCGCUUUCGAGUGCAAGGGUGGUAA